CUGGCUAAGAAUGAUAUUGGAGGCAUUCCUUUAGGAAUGUCAUAUUCAUGUAGUGAGAAGACAUAUUUGAAGAACAACAGCACUACCAAAUCAAUCAUGAUGGUUCUUGAUGGCUUUCAGGUUCAGCCAUUCAACUCCAGUCAGACAAAGUUCAGUGGGUCUUGGGACUGUGUUGGGUUCUUUACUGUACCCAUCUGGUGUGCUCUGUUAGUGACACUGCUCCUGCUGUUCAUCCUGUUCUCUGGAAUGUACAUGCUGAGCGACAUUAAAACCAUGGAUCGCUUUGAUGACCCCAAGGGAAAGCCUAUCAUGGUUGCUACAGCUGAUUAAAUUCAGUAUAUAAGAGAUGAUACUUGUAUGCUCUUUUUUGCUGCCAGAAUAAUGUAGUCCCCUAUACAUUUGAAAAAAAAGUUAAAUUCAGUCUUUGUUUGAGCUAGAUGUUUCAUGAAUAAAUAAUGUAAUUGAAUAUACGAGGGCUGGCAAGGUAUCAAUCAGAUUUACUAAACCAUUUUAUAACAGCAGGUUAAACAGUUUAUUGCAUAUGUUAGUUUGUACACUUGUUUAUUUAAAGUCUGUGAAUGGUAAAUGCAGUAGAGUGGGUUUUAUACCUUUCACUUUAUAAUUAGGCAUAAAUUUAAAAGUAUUUAUGAAUAUUUAUUUCAGCAAAAACAAAUCUUACUUGUAUGGUUUAACCGGCCAGUUCUUGUACAAUAGAAUUGAUCAUGACCAUAAAUGAUAUAGUGAUUUAGUGACUUAACCUUAGAUAUGAAAUUCCAUAUUUGCAUGUAGGGGAAAUGGAUGUGGAUGUUUGUGGGUGUGUUUACCAUUUCAAUAAUAUGAGGAUAAUGAAUUAUUCAAAAGUAUUCAGAACAAGCAUUAUUAGAGACAUGGCAAUUUUUUUUCCCAAGUUUGGUAAUGUAGAGCUGGUUAUCAAAUUAUUGAUAUCAAUAUAAUAUUGUUAAAUUAAAGUUAUUCUUCGAAGAGUAUCUGUUUUCUAGAAAGAUUUUUAUAGAUUUCUAGGUGUCCUAAAUUACAUGAAGCUAAUUACAUAUGCACAAAGACAGUAGGUGUUAAAAAAUAAACAGAAUGAAAAAUAGCACUUGAUGUGAUUAUCAGGUUGUAAGUGUUGCUUUACUAUUUUGGUUGAAUGUCUUUAAUAGUGGAAUAGAGUAAUUCUGAAAUUUGAAGAAAUAUUUUCAACAUUAAUGCUUUGCUGGACGAAAUUAAAUUCAUAGCGUGAUCCUGCAAGUAGUAAUCUAAAUGAUUAUGAACAUGAUACUCCUCUUCUUUGUGUGGCUGGUAGUCUAUGAUCAUGUAAAUAUAUUCAAAUUAUAGUGUAUAUAUAGUCCCAGGAUUUCAUUUUUCUCCUUAAGAAAUGUAAGUUAUACUAAGAGGAUGUGUAAAGAAAAUAUGUAUGAGGAAACAAAGUAUUAAUAUGCACUACAUUCCAUACAAUCUUGACUGUUAUAAUGUGCACAAUUAUUAGCUUGUCUGUAUUGUGUUAUACUGUGUAUUAUAUGUACUGUACAGUUGUGUUUUAAAUUAAAGGUAUUAUGGAUAA